AAGGCUAAGCCUCAAAGUUACAAUUGAUUCCAUCCGGUAAGCAAUAUUUUUCUUCCAUCUUCUGUUACAAUAAUUAAAAUAUUGUAUCUUGUAGUAUCCUAACAAAACAAUUAUAUGAUAUGAUGCAGGUGGUUAACAUUCCAGGCUUGUGCUUUUAGAGGGCAUGAUGAAUCUCCGGGAUCCAUUAACCGGGGUAAUUUCCUAGAACUGGUAAAACUUUUGGCUUCUUAUAACAAGGAGGUGAAUGAUGUUGUCUUGGAAAAUGCUCCUGGAAACGCAAAGUACACAUCUCAUCAGGUUCAAGAGGAAAUUCUUGCUAUACUUUCUCGAAAGGUGCAAAGAACAAUUAGAGAAGAAAUUGGUGAUAGCAAAUUUUGUAUAAUGGUUGACGAAGCUCGCGAUGAAUCCAAGAAAGAACAAAUGGCGUUGGUCCUUCGGUUUCCUGACACUGAAGGGUUCAUACAGGAGCGUUUUGUUGAUGUCAUUCAUGUGAAUGACACUCUUGCAUUGACUCUCAAAGAGACAAUUUGCACUGUUCUAGCAAAUAACAAUUUAAAUGUGGAAGGUAUCAGAGGUCAGGCCUAUGACGGGGCCAGUAAUAUGCGAGGGGAGUGGAACGGAUUGAAGGCUUUAAUUCUGAAGGCGUGCCCUUAUGCAUAUUACAUUCAUUGUAUGGCGCAUCAGCUUCAGUUAGCCCUUGUUGCAGCAUCACGAGAGGUACAUGAAGUGCAUAAUUUUUUUCAACAUGCCAAUUUUGUCAUAAAUGUUGUUAGUGCUUCACCUAAACGCAAUGAUGAGUUACUAGCAAAUCAAGCUGCCGAAAUUGCCCGUGAAAUUGAACUGGGGGAUCUUGAUACGGGAAAAGGGGCAAACCAGAUAGGUUCUUUACAGAGACCAGCAGACACUAGAUGGAGUUCGCACUUCAAGUCAAUUCGGAGCUUGAGGAAGAUGUUUGGUGCCACAAUUAUAGUCCUACGAAGUAUAGCAAAUGAUCGUUCGGUGACACAAUAUUCCCGUGGAGAUGCUGGAGGCGCCUUAAGGAUAAUUGUUUCUUUUGAUUUUGUGUUCAUUUUGCACCUCAUGGAGAGGAUUAUGAAAAUCACAGAUGUCUUGUGCCAAACACUACAGAAGAAAUCUAUGGACAUUCUGAAUGCAUUAGAUACACUCUCUAACACUAAGGUGCUCCUCGCUGAACUAAGAGAGGAAGGAUGGGAACCUCUCAUCGAGGAGGUUAAGACCUUUUGUGUGAAGCAUGAAGUUGAGAUCCCCGAUAUGAGUCGCAAGUAUGUUGAUGUGACUAAGUCUCGGAAUAAACAUAAUAACAUCACGGUGCUUCACCACUACAAAGCAGAUGUGUUCAAUGUGGCGAUAGAUCAACAACUGGUUGAGCUAAAUGACCGUUUUAGUGUUCAGACUACAGAGCUAAUGACACUCUGUGCAUCCUUGGAUCCAAGGCAUGACUCAUUUGACAUAUCAAAGAUUUGCAGGCUUGUGGACAAAUUCUAUCCAGCGGAUUUUUCUAGUCAAGAGCAGGCUCGCCUGGAGUCACAACUUCCACACUAUCAGCUAGAUGUUUGCAACCAUCCAGAGCUGAAUUCUACGUCAUCACUGGCUGAUUUGACCGUUGCAUUGCAUAAAACAGGUAAAGCCUCUGUGUAUCCAAUGGUUGAUAGAUUAUUGUGCUUGGUCAUCACUCUCCCGGUGUCAACUGCAACUGCGGAGAGAGCUUUUUCAGCAAUGAAGAUUAUCAAGACGCGUCUCCGAAGUAAAAUGGGUGACGAUUUUCUUCGACCUUACAUGGUUGUAUACAUUGGGAAGGAAAUAGCUGCAAAGUUCAAUGUUAACGAGAUUAUUGAUUUGUUUGAUCGACCGGCUGGGGGGCGUAGAUCUGCAUUCAAACUAGUAGAAAUGUAG